AUGACGUCAGGGCGUAGUAAUACACGGCGCGAGCGCAUGGCGAGCGGAGUCCAUCCGCGGAGCUGCUGCGCGAGAGACUGGGAACUGCUUUCGAUUGUUGGCGGGCGCCGCCAUCUUGGUCAGUGAGCCUGCGAGUGGCCUGUACGUCUCCGUGGUGCGGUGUGGCUGCGUUGUUUAGUUUUCGGGCGUUUGUUUGCCGAACGCGGUUAUUCCGAGCGCGCGACUCUCCCCCGCGUGGGCCCCUCGUUAUCCGUUUAACCCGUGAGAUCCACGCGCGUCCGAGAUGUCGGAACGGGAGGACAACGUUUACAAGGCGAAACUGGCCGAGCAAGCGGAACGCUACGACGAGAUGGUCGAGGCGAUGAAGAAGGUGGCCUCGCUGGAUGUAGAGCUCACCGUUGAAGAAAGGAACCUCCUCUCGGUAGCGUACAAAAAUGUGAUCGGAGCGAGGAGAGCCUCCUGGAGAAUAAUCUCGAGCAUCGAGCAGAAGGAGGAAAACAAGGGUGCCGAGGGAAAACUAGAGAUGAUCCGCCAAUACCGAUCUCAAGUGGAAAAAGAGCUCAGGGAUAUUUGCGCCGAUAUCCUCGGCGUUUUGGAUAAGCAUCUGAUACCAUGCGCCUCUACGGGAGAAUCUAAAGUCUUCUAUUAUAAAAUGAAAGGUGAUUACCAUCGUUAUUUGGCAGAAUUUGCCAUUGGUAAUGACAGAAAGGAAGCAGCGGAGAAUUCUCUGGUGGCAUACAAAGCAGCGAGCGAUAUCGCCAUGACGGAGCUACCGCCAACCCAUCCCAUUCGCCUGGGAUUAGCGCUCAACUUCUCCGUGUUCUAUUACGAGAUCCUCAACAGCCCUGACAGAGCGUGUCGCUUAGCGAAGGCGGCCUUCGACGAUGCGAUCGCCGAACUGGACACGCUAUCUGAGGAGAGCUACAAAGAUUCCACCCUCAUAAUGCAACUCCUCAGGGACAACCUCACCUUAUGGACGUCGGAUAUGCAGGGAGACGGUGAAGCUGAACAAAAGGAGCAGCUGCAGGAUGUGGAAGACCAGGACGUAUCGUAACUCUAGCUGUAGUGAGUGUUAUCUUGCGCAUAUAAAACUGAGACACAAGAAAAAACUCUUAAAUAACUCGUAAGCAAAAGAAAAAAAACCAAUUCAGCAGGUGGCAGUUCGGGGUGGGAAGGGGAGAUCUUUAGAAAUUUGCGUGACCCUUAAAAAAAAAAGCACGCACCGUAUGGUUACUUCAAAACAAAGCAGCAGCAACAGCAGUGACAACAAAAUACAACAGCAACAGAAUUAAUAAAUAAAUCAUUCAGUUCAUUCGGUAUAUUACGUACACAUAUAUACGAUUGAGUUACAGAGCACGCAGAAAGUAACGAAACAAAAGGAAACGCACCCGUAAAUAGAGAGACUACAAAGUAUUUAGGAGAAAGGCACUUUUCAAUUGCCCCGUUUUUGCGUAUCGAGAGGAAAUGCCGUGCACUUCGCAUGCGUUCGAUCAAAGUUACGUGCGAACGACGUCGAGAACGUCGAGCCGACGUCGAUGCCGGCGCAAGUCGGUAUCUAGCCUUGGCAAUUCAGAUUUGGUUUCCGUCACAGUGAAUAAGAACGAAUUAUGUGUCUUAUGUUUUGCAAUAAUGGAAGAGGAACAAAAAGGCGUAUAGAUUGCAUGACGUCAUACCGGAAUAUAUUUACAUGUCUUGUCCGUUCUUACAUCUCCACUACCUGGAGUGCUCCUCCUCUAAUCUCUUCCUUUUCGUUCCUCGCUUUUUCUUACCGCGCCUAUUGUAAUUAUUACGGUGUUUGUUAGCGUAUGCGUGUAAAUUGAUUUAUUUUGAUGAUAAUUCGCGCGUAUCUCCUCUCUUUUUCCCCCGUGCUCUCCUCUCUCUCUUUACGGAAAUAACGGCGGCGCCCUCAUUGCCAGUUGUCAAGACGGACCUCGCUUUCGAGCUUGUACCCUGUAAUAAGAUAUGUACUUCCGACAAGAUCCGAUUGUAAUGUUAUAGAUAGCCGAAAAGAAAAAUUUUAAAUGCAUGGAUUCUUGGCAUAGCCGAGCUGAGGAGAAGAGAAUGUGCUUACUUCGAUUGCCCCCUCUCCCCCUCCCCACCCUCUGUACCUCGUCAAAUGCAAUAACGCCUGAUUUUGUGAGCUUUCGUAUGGAGACCGCAUCGCGAGAGUGCUCAGUAACGUGAGCGAGAAGCGGUAAAGCGUAAAUCAUCGAAAUUCUCUAAUGGCGAUCUCUCGAUUUCCAGUCCCUUUACGCAUCUCUUCCGAGGCGAGUGCGUCCCAUCGCGUCAGCUCGAUGAGCAGCGUCGUGAUAAAAAAAAAAGUGAAAAAAAGAAAGAAAGAAGGGGGAAAAAUGAAAAAGAUUACGUUAUCGUAGGUGAGCCUUUUUAGCGCGUUACGUUACUCACAGCAAACAAAGUAACUAUCUAGCUAGUCUGUAAUGUGGUUGUACGUUUUCAUACGCCCGUUGUGUAAACUAAAUAUCGAUUGCUGUGGUAUAAGAAACAGAAUAAAUGACUGUACCCCGACUUUUUCCACCCGCACAUUUACACACGCAAUUUACGCUCUAUAUAUAUAUUAUAAAUAUAUUCAUAUUUCUCUAUCUUCGUCUUUCCCUUCCGGAUGGACGAUAGUCGGAAUCAGUAUUUGUAAUUAUCCAUUCGCCGGUUCAUCGACGAGCCAUUCCAUCGAUUUUUACGUUGAAACAUUCCAUUGUUCUUGUAAUGAGGAGUCAGUCGGGAUUGUAGAGAUUUACACAGUGAAAAGUACCCUUUCUUCAGAUCGAUGAGGUAAGCUUAGCUAGUUACUGACCAUUUUACGCAUUAAACUUAUCUACUUAUUAUAUAGCUAGAACUACCAAAAUCCAUUUAAGCUCACUCAGUUUUCUCGCUGAUAACGUGACGGAGAGGAGACGCCGAGUUUAAACGCAGCAGAGAAGCGAGGCGUUCAACAACAACAACAACAACAAGAAAAAUAUAAUCCGGCGAGAGAGAAACGCGGAUCGCAAUCUCCGCGAGGAAGAACGAAAAAGCAGAAAAUAAUUGGUGUCCAUCGUGCCCCUGUAUUUAGGUAUUGUAACGAUAAAAUUGAUAAUCAUGUUACAAAUUACACGCGUUAUGAAAAAUUAAUUCAAAAUAAUAUCAACCGGCUCUCGUAAAGUAAGUAUAUUUGCGAAAAAAAUGUAAUUGUAAGAACGUAAUAAGUAGGCUAAAGAGAAGGAAAAAAAAACGAAAAAUAAUCUCGACGCGAGGGAUCAUCCCGAGUAACUCGGGUAGGAUCAACUCGAGUAUAUGAUAUGAUCGAGUCGAUUAUAAUCGAGAAGAUUAAAUCGCGCGAAAACUGUGUGCAAGGUAAACAGAGCUCUAAAUUAAGAACUGCGGAGCGAAGCGGAUGUCGUCGUAGGCUGUAAAACGCACGCGCAUAUAUAUAAAUAUAUAAAUAUAUUUCUCAAGUACAUAGCAUGUAUCUGUGCGGCAAAAUGUUUUAAGGAAUUUAGCUACAUAAAAGCAAAGAGAAGAAGCGCGUCAGGUGGCAACGAAUGGUGGUAGCGAUGAUCUCUGAACGCCGAUGAAUCAUUAGCCUGAUCGGGCAAUAUCCGGUUAUACGUUCAUAAAUACGGACAUAAAUCAGAGACCAUAUCAUUUUAAAAACUAUGUAAAUUUAUAACCACCUUUGAAUCUGUUGUCGAUUUUAUUGGUUUUAACGAAAAUUAAAUCACUAUGAAUAAAUAAUAGUGCGAAGCAAUGCUUUUUUCAUCAUCGUUCGGAGGAAUUGAUUUUACAUUCUUGAAUCCGCAUGCGUUCUUAUGCUCUGUGUUACAGUCGAUGCGAAUACACCGGAUACAAUCUUUUUUUCUGUAAAACCACACACAUGAAAGCUACAAAUAAAGUAAUUACGAAUC